CGGUAUAACUCGGAGGAUAAGAUUAUUAAUACAUGUUAUAACCAGAAGAAUUUAUUUAACACACUUUCAUUUUUUUAUAAUAGAAUUUUCAGAUUUUUCCGGUUAAUUCUAUGUGAUGACUUCCUCAACAAUUUCUCAAGCGAUCGUUCCCAUAUGAUAGCUGAGGAUGGUUCUUGGAUGGCUCCUCCACCCAGCUGGGACAAAAUCUGCAGAGAAGGUUUAAAUAACAUCAGUGACUUCAUUAGCAUGGAUCAAAAUACAUUAUCAGAUAUUAGUAACGUUUUGAGCGAAGAUGAAAUGUUACGGAAAUUUUCUGUUAGGAAACACUUGAUUGUCAAUUGUGUAGAUUCAUGA